AUGGCACCCACGGACCACUAUGCGGCCAAGCGGACCAGCAGCACCACCGGCAUAACCGGCACUCCUCUCCGCUUGAACCCAAGCUGGCUGGUCAUGUGGUUCGGCGCCAACCUACGGGUGCGGACCUUUCUCCUCCAUGCCCACGAAACCAUGGAGGAGUUCCAAGUGUCCAUGGAGCCAUCCACAGCAUCGGAGUCCUGGAAAACCUGGCUUCGAGCCCAACUGGUGGCCGUGCAUCCAGCCACCAAUGGUGACCAAGGGUCCAAUGCUGAGCUCGCCAAAAUAAUCAAAGAGCUUCUGCAGGAGCCAUGA